AUGGAGAAUGAUACAGAGAAGGGAGUCCCUAGCUCCAGGAAUUCGCUAUCGGACGAAGCGCGCAACAGCAACACAGAGGUUGAGUUCGCGCCAAUCCGCUCAGUAAAAGGGGCGCAGCUUUCAAGGCCGACGUCGCAGCAGAGCACGGCGUCUCAUUCAAUCACCCGGGUGCGUUCACAGAAUGGAUAUGGGGUCUCUGAUGAUACCUCCGAGAAGGAUGAACCCGCCGCAAACAGCCCAGGUAAUGAUGAAGACGACUCCUUUUUGGUUGGGUGGGAUGGAGGUGACAAUGAUCCCCUGUGUCCUCGCAGCUUUAAUGUAGCGCGCAAGUGGUUGAUAGUAUCCAUUGUGUCUAGCGCGAGUUUCUGCGUGACAAGCGCCAGUUCGAUAUACACAUCGACAUACCAGCAGAUGGAGGCGGAAUUCGGCAACUCGAGAAUCGUCUCGGUCCUGGGUCUAUCGACGUUUGUUCUGGGCAUCGCUUUGGGGCCCAUGUUCUUCAGUCCUCUGAGUGAGUUCUAUGGCCGGCGGCCCAUCUACUUGGUCGCAUGGUCUCUCUAUGUCAUCUGGAUCAUCCCACAAGCCGUGGCCAAGAACAUUGCAACCAUGAUUGUUGGCCGUUUCUUGGAUGGCUUCGCCGGGAGUACGUUCCUGGCUGUCUCUGGAGGCACAGUCGGCGAUUUGUUUACUAGAGAACAGCUCCAGGUCCCCAUGGCCGUCUUUUCCAUCGCGCCGUUCCUGGGUCCCUGUGUUGGGCCAUUGAUCGGUGGCUUCAUCAAUUACAACACGCACUGGCGUUGGACAUACUACGUUCUAUUGAUAUGGGGGUUCGUCUUAUUAUUGGCCAUCGUAUUUCUGUGCCCUGAGACAUACCACCCCAUUAUCCUAAAGAAGAAGGCGCAGAUGCUUCGAAAGAAGACCAAUGACGAGCGCUGGGUUGCACCGACGGAGAGGACGAAGAAGUCGGUCCUAACAGCCGUCGGCCGAUCACUGCUCCGACCCUUCCAGUUAUUGAUAUUCGAAUUCAUGGUGCUGAGCCUCUGCAUCUACUCGGCCAUCCUCCUCGGAAUCCUCUACCUCUUCUUUGGCGCCUUCCCCCUUGUCUUCGGGACCAUCUACCAGUUCAACCUGUGGCAAAUCGGCCUGUCGUUCAUGGGGAUAGGAGCCGGUUUGCUGGUUGGUAUAGGCACUGACCCCGUGUGGCACCGCUGCGGCGAUCCUCGUGUGUGCCGUGUGUAA